AGGAAACAGGAAAAGGAGGGAGGAGCGAAUAACACGCUGAAAGAAGUUCUUGUUUUAACUUCAGUCUGGAAGAUUUACGCCAUGUUUAUUUCGUUUUAGGAAAACUGUUUAAAACUAAGUUGUAUGGAUUAGUUAUCAUCGCUGUAAACCACAGUUUCAACAUUUCAGCGCGUAAAGGUCGAGUUCAUCGCAUUGUUCACGAGGAGGCAAAACACAUAAGAACUUCGAUCAAGACUGCAACAAGGGUUUGAACGAUCUGACAGCACGUCUCUGACUGGUCAUCAUAUCGAGAGGCAGUAACAAUGCAUCACCAUCAGAGUGACUCUGACUCCAGUGAUGACAGCAUGAAACAUCCUGCUUUUAUGACAUCCACAAUGGAAUCACAGAGACACCGGCGCAGUAUGGACAAACCGACUGAAGAGCUAUCUGACAUUACUCAUCUCCAAGAAGAAUUUUACAGACUCCAUGAGGAAAUUUCUCCUGAAUGCAAAAAGCAUAUAAAGAAAAUGACUGAUGUCGUCAAUGAGUUUGAAAAAGAUUACAGACAUGCUUCUUGCCUCAUUGAUGCUGGAAUCGCUGGCUUGGUUUUAGGAUUAGCUUUAGCUGCAUUUACUGGAGGGGCUUCUCUCAUCGCCGGUGGAUUAGGGUUAGUUGUUGGGAUAGCUGCUGGUGGUGCUGCUGCAGGUGGUGGAAUUGCUUGUGGUAUUGGAGAAUUCAGUAAAAAUCAGCAGGAAAAGAUGACAAGACUAACCAUAGAAAAAGAACUUGAGGAAUUUCAGUAUAAAAUCAGCCCUAUUAUUAAAAUGGUAGUGAAGAUUUAUGAUCGUACUCAGGAAAUACUGAGAGACCCUACGCUAUCAGAGCACAAAGCCAAUGUACUACGUGAACGUUUCUCCUCCUGCUUUGAAAAAACACAGUUCUUCCAGAGAGAUAGCAGUAGAGCAGCGGGUGCACGGAAACAAUUGACUGGAGAUCUUUCAGAAACUUUUGCUGAGAUGAGUUCUGUGCUUACAAAUCUGGAAGAGAUCACCGAAGACAAAGAGGAGCAAGAUGACAAUGACAACCCUGAAGAAACACCCGCACAAAAACAAAUAGAGGACAAAGAGUUCAAGAAAAAAGCAGAGAAAUUCAUUGAUGAAAUGAAGAAAGGUAUUAAUCAGUUACAGAAUGUCAUGAAUGAAAUUGAUCAAACAAAACAAAGACUAUUAAAAAAAUGAAUCAAAUCUGAUGAAAUAAAACUAUGUGAACAGUUGAGACACAACUUGUUAUUUGAUCACAUGCCAGAAAACAACAGUUCAACUAACAACAUCUCAAUGUAUUGAAUGAUAUAAACAUCCAAUUAUCCUACAGUGAUUAAUGUAAUAAAAAUGUACCUGUUAAUUAUAUCAGGUCUAUCAGGUAUGUCAGAAUUAUACAGGAAAUAGCUAUACUGGAUGUGCAGAAACUUACACUGAUUACAUUGAUUUUGCUCUGCAUUAUUUUUUAUGUAUAUACUUUAUUUUUAUUAUUAUUAUUUUUUAACUUUCAUUACGCUGAGAUGUAUUAAAAUGUACAUACAAAAAUAAAGUAAUUACAAACAGAAUAAAGUAAUUCUCUUUAAAUCUUAA